CACGGCAGAGAGACGACGAAGUGGGGAGUUUAUGUUUACAUGUUGUGUUUACAAUGUUAUGUUUACUUGUUAUGUUUAGUUGUUAUGUUUACAUCCUCCUUCGGAUCCGGAUCCAACAACCGCUCCAGACUCCACUUGCGCAGCGCGCGCACCUCCAAGCCCGUCGUAUGGCCCUGCCUGAACAUCUCGACGCCGGCCCAGGCAAUCAUGGCCGCGUUGUCUGUGCAUAGCGCGAGGGGUGGGUACACUAGUUUUAUGUCUGGGUAGCCGCGGGCGGCGAGGAAGGAUUCGAAUCUAUGGGGUGUAUUAGUGGGAUGUGUGGGGGGAAUAGA